CCCAUGCUCAAAACAAAGUUAGGAAAGUGGUUUCAGCCUUUCCGCGGUCUCGCUUCCAGCCCGGGGAGCGCCGGCUGGGCCAGCGGGAGGCGGCGGCAGGUUUCAGAUCAGAAUUUAUGAGUAAAUGGGAUAGCAGCAUCCCAGGAUAUUCCUGAGCUGAGAUUGUAACCAUGGACAGAGUAAAAGGAGACUGCCCCAGUCCUGUGCAACCAGGAGGUGCAGAGAGGACCAGGAUGGGAGAACAAGACACAGAACUAACUGUACUGGGAAAAGCACAAGAGUUCUUUCAGAUUUGUGAUCUGGAAGGCAAAGGCUUUGUCACUCGUCAAGACAUGCAGAGACUGCAUCCUGAGUUACCUCUUAGCCUGGAAGAACUUGAAAAAGUUUUUGUUACAUUGGAUGCUGAUGGCAAUGGCUCACUUACCCCAAAGGAGUUCAUCACAGGAUUCAGCCAAUUUCUUUUGGAGCAGAUUGCUUUGAAAAAUGACAUGGUGCAACCAUCAGAAGGUGAAACAGUCUGCCCAGUUAGAUAUGAGGAGACCAUGACUGGUGAUGAGGAUGAAGAAUUCCAGUUCUCAAAUCUGAUGGAUCGGCUUGGAGCCACAAAGGUUUUGGAUGAUGAGACUGAUGUGAAGCAGAUUUGGUUGCAGCUAAGAAAAGAAGAACCUCAUUUACUUUCCAAUUUUGAAGAGUUCCUGGUCAGAAUUUUUUCCCAGCUCAAAGAAGCAGAUAAUGAGAAGAAUGAGUUGGAAUGG